AUGUUCUUCUUCGAGCUGUUCCUGGGCAUGCUCGCGAUGGGGGCCAAGCAGUUCAGCUACGGCUCCCAUCUCUCGCGGGAGUGGCGCAUUCCGGUUCUUUCGCCGUGCAGCGGGUCCAACUCCCCGGUGGUCUCCAUCUCGCUGGGGACGAAGCAGAUCUUGGAGCGGACCUGGGAGUUCGUGUUGGAGACGUGCAAUACCACGUCGUGGUCUUCCCUUCAGGAGUUUCUCGUGAAUGAGGCCGAGUCGCCAGUGGUUUUCCUGCAGGAGGUGGCCACGGACGAGGAGAAGGUACGCCUGCUCAAGCGUCCUCGUGUUUUCCUGUUGCGCUACCUGUUGGCCCUCGCCCUGAGACGCCAGACUGGUCUGACCUGGCUAUCGCUGCGGAGCGGCGUGUGGCACGGCCUGUUCUGCGCGGCGGCCAAGCUCGCGACCAAGCACGAGCUGGCCGCCAAGUCGGACCGAGGGGCUAAAUGGAGGACCUGGGUCGCCGAAGCUGUCUCGGAUGGGGCUAGUAAGGCCCGCAAGUAUUCGAAGCCCUCCAUCGGUUGGAUCCCCUCCACUAGCCUCCAGGGAGCCCCACCCCCUGGGCCUCGGCAGCAAGUCGACGAGCUCUUGGAGGCUUGGAAGGGAGUCUGGAAGCCGUCACCGGAGUCGGAGGCCAUGCCAGAGCCCGUGGCCUAUUGCACCUCCCUCUUGCAGCAGUUGGCUAGCGAGAGGGGGGCUUCCGUUGAGGAUCUGUGCCCACCUGUCCGCGACCCUGAAGCCAUCGGGAGAGUGGCUUCUAUGUUCAAGAGGUUCACGGCCCUAGGAAUCGACGCGCUGCACCCCAGGGAGCUGGCCAAUCUUUCGGACGGGGCCCUCAAGUGCCUCGCCCUGCUCUGGCGCUGGCAGGAGUGCUCGGGCAUCUUCAGCUCUGCCAUUGCUCUCAUCCUGUUGGCGCAGCUUCCUAAGCCUGAAGGAGGUUACCGACCCGUCGGCAUCGAGAGCGGGGUCAGCUGGGGUUUCCACAAGAUUGCUAGGCACGAGGCCGUUGAGUGGGAGGAUCGUCAUCCUAGGUCCUACCACUACGGAGUCAAGGGGAAGUCUUGCGAGAGGGCCGCCUGGGAGCAGAGUCUCGCUGUCGAGAACCACAGCCUCACGGGGUUCACCGCGGGGCUCGCCUUGCUUGACCUCACCAAGGCGCAUGAAAAAGUGGUUCAUUUCCUGCUCGUCCAAGCCGCGGUUGCUUGGCAUUUUCAGAUUUUCAGGCUCAGGCUUCUCAUCGCGAAAUACAGAGGACCUCGGGUCCUGAGCUUGUCUGGUGUCUGCUCGGACGUGGUGCAUUCGUCGCAGACCAUCUUGGCAGGGUGCCCGUUCGCCACGACGCUGCUCAGGCUGUUUUUGCUGUCUCCCUUGGGUAAAGUGUGCGAGCACUUCCCGCCCGCCGUCCCCUUCAAUGUGGUCGACGACAUUGCGCUGUUCAUGGGGGGGGGGGCUGCCAAGGUGGUCCAGACUCGUCUUGGGAAUGCUACGGCCUACUUAGGUGGGCUGCUGGAGGGCCUACAGCUGGUCGUCUCGGAGUCGAAAGGCAAGGUUUUGUCCCCGCGUUCUUCUGCGGCCCGUGGGCUGGCUAAGCGUCCGAGUAAAUGGAAGUUCACCGCCCCUGCGGCUACCAGGAAUUUGGGAUGCGACUUUGGGGCGGGGCCCAAGGGUCGCAGGUCCAGGGCCGUCGUGGGGUCUCGGUUUCGCAAGAUCAAGGGUCGUCUAUCCAAGUUUCGCAGCCUCCGCAGCUCGUUCCAGGGGCCCAUGAAGGUCAUCAGAGGAGGGGCGCCCCCGCAGGGCAUGUACGGGGCCAUGGUCAAAGGCUGGGUGGACCCGGCCACGCUACGCCGUUGUUUUGAGGCUGCGGAGCGCUGCCCCAGCUCGGCGUGGUCGGACGUGCGCGGCCCAGGGCUGCUGAUGGAGGGCGCCCGGGACAGGGCCGGUGACGCAGGCAGCUCGGUGCAGGGCCGGCUGUGGCAGUGGGCGCUGCGCUGGGGCGGAGGCCCCGCGCCCGCGCGGCGGCUGGGCUUCUGGCGCUGGGCCCUCGGCCUGCCCCCCCGCGGCGCCGCGGCCGGCGCGCGAGGCGCCCCGGCGGAGGCCGUGCUGCGCGCCGCGGCGCGCGUGGACGCGCAGGGCCUGCUGCAGCUGAGCCACGGCCUCGCGGGCACGCCGCACGGCCUGCAGGUGGCCGCCGCAGCGCUGGAGAGGCUGGCCGCCGCGGCCGGCGAGGCCGCCGCCGGGGGCCUGCCCACGGACGUCCUGGAGGCCCUCAUGGGCGCCCCGCUGCACGCCCAGAGGUGCUGGCUCCUGUCAGCCGAGGCUCUGCCCUGGCUCGUGCUGCAGUGCCGGUGCUUCCAGAUCGCGAUCGCGGCGCACCGGCCGCUGUUGUUCCGGCACCUGCUCGCGGAGGGCGUGGCGCCGGAGCUGUUCUACUGCUCGUGGAUCCAGGGCCUCUUCGCCGCGUGCGCCCCGGGCGGCGCGCUGGCGCGGCUGUGGGACCUCUGGGUGUUCGAGGGCUCCCACAAGGUCUUCGUGCGCACGGCGGUGGCGGUGUUCGGCCUGCUGGAGAAGCGCAUGCUGGGGAAGGACGUCGAGUUCAUCAUGCGUUUCUUGCGCGACCCCGAGGCGUGGCAGCUCGACGAGGACACGAUCGUCACGGCUGCGCUCGAGACGAAGGUGACGCGGUCGAUGCUGCGCCACUUCGAGGAGGGGCCCGCCGCGUGA